CAACCUAGACCGAGGCACAGACAUGGUCUCAAUGGGGAUACCUGAGCUGACUACACUGACUGUGCUAGUUAGUGGCAGACUCCACUAAGCUGCCAUUCCCUUCGACAUUUGGAAAUUAUUGCUUAGAUAGCUAUAAAAAAAAUGUUUUCAGAAAUCAAGUGUUCAGAUAGAUGUGAUUAGCACAUUUCAUAUUUUCACUCUUAAUAUAUUCAGAACAAAAGUGUUGGAUGGAGUAGAUUUAAGUUACCAAUACUUUUGAUACCAGUACCAAUACAACUGCUGCACACAUGUUAAUAAUGUGUCAUAACUCAAUAUACUGUGGAUAACGGUGGCUUAUGUCUUAAGUGUUCAGACAGUCUUCCAACCAGCUAUGCUAAAUGCUCCAUUAAUGUAGGGUGAAACUGUAACUCUCUCUAUUGGUGCAAAAAAGCCAUAAUAAAACAAAAUUGUGGACCAGGUUUAAAAGCGCUGUAACACUAACCAUUGUGUUCAAACGGAGGCAUUAGACAUUUACAAUGUACAGACUGGAUUGUUUUGAAUCAACAUGCUUUGCUUCAAAUGUACAAAGUUAAUUGCUCAUUACUAAACAUUGAAUACAAAAACAUAUUCACGCUGAUCGUUGUAAAAAUGAAUUAUUCCACUCUAAAUGUAUGGGGAGACUUUGUAACAAUAGCACAAACUGUGAUAAUGAAGGACUCAGAGAUUUAAUAGAUUUUUCCCCCCAACCUUUCUGUCAUUAUUAUCCCUUAGAAUUAUAUUGAUACUGGCUGGCCUGGAAUAUUGAUUGAUUAUUAUGAUGAUAAAAGUAACAAAAUAUCCCAUGAAUAAACUGGUGUAUAUAUUAAUAAGAAAACGCUCAUAAUGUGCAAGACAUGAUGGCACGCGCACAGAGGUUUUCUGCAAGAUGUCUAUCGGAUGGUGGUGAGAGAUCUGAUUAGUUGAGGAGAAUUAGGGGCCGUACCAGAAUGUGGUCCCAUCAUUUAUAAGCAUCUUGAAAAUGUAUAUCAUAUCUCUGCAGUUUAUGGUGUGAGAAGUUGCAACCAACUACGAAAUCGGCCGGUCAUGGAGGUCAAUGGGUGCGAUGAACAUCAGAAUUAUGAAAUACUUGCAGAGAUAGGCGAAGGCGCAUAUGGGAAGGUGUACAAGGCCAGAGAGGUCCGCGAUCAACAGCGACUCGUAGCGGUGAAGAAGUUGAACAUACCCGGACACACGGAGAGUGGGAUUCCUGCUUUCAUGAUCCGAGAGGUGGCGCUCUUACGUAAGAUCGGGUAUUUCAACCAUCCCAACAUUGUAAAGUUGUUGGACGUAUCUGCUGGUCUGAAGAACAGGAGUUUGGACCUGACGCUGGUGUUUGAGUACAUCGACCAAGACCUGUCUACCUUCCUCACCACGGCCCCCAGCACUGGACUGAGUCUUGACAAAAUUAAGGAUGUGAUGGUGCAGCUGCUACAGGGGCUGGACUUCCUGCACACCAACAUGCUGGUGCACCGCGACCUGAAGCCGGAGAAUGUACUGGUUAGUAGCCGUGGAGAGGUGAAGAUCGCUGACUUUGGGCUGGCACGCAUCUACACCUAUCACAUCGCCCUUACACCCUGUGUGGUGACACUGUGGUACAGGGCCCCCGAGGUGCUGCUCCACUCUGGUUACAUGUCCUCCGUGGACAUGUGGAGCGCUGGCUGCAUUUUUGCCGAACUGUUCCUUUUGAGACCGUUGUUCCGUGGAUACACUGAGGCUCAGCAGCUCCAGAAAAUCUUUGAGGUGAUUGGCUUGCCCAGCGAGGAGGACUGGCCCAGGGAGAGCCCCAUCUCAUACUCCCGUAGCUGGUGCCCCAGAGACCCCUGCACCCAGCUCUUAUCCAACCUGGGCCAGGAGGAAAACAACCUACUCCUUCAAUGUCUAGAGUUCAGCCCGACCAAUCGCAUCUCAGCUUCCAGAGCCCUCUCCCACCCUUUCCUGGUGUGCGCCUGAGGACUCAUAACCUGGCAGGAUGUGGAGAGGAUGGAGGAGAGCUGGGACAGAGGUUCAUUUCCCUUGGAAUCCUUUUACCUAGCCUAUAGAACACUGAGGGUUCUCGUGCCGUAAGAUCCAAUGUACCUAUAUCGAAAUGUAGAAUUUUUUUUGGAAUGGAAAUAAAAGUGAUUUUUUUUUAGAAGGUAAAUCUGCAGGUUAAGUAAUAAAGUGGGCACCAUGCCACUGUUUUGGUAAAAGGUUGAGAGAUGGGGGGGGGGGGAUUGAACUAAUCUCAAAUUCAUAGACAGAGCUGAGGAUGCAAAGACUGACCAUCCAUGAUAUCAAAAUUAUAGAUGUAACUGUGUUUAAAGCUAUACAGUGUUUGUUUAUAAUUACAUUAUGUACAAACAAUGACGUUAAACAGGCUUAUUUGUUGGACUCCGAAGGGGUGCGACAGUUGAACUAAGCUAAUUAGGUAUUUAUAAGUUAUAUUCUUUAACAAUCAAUGGGUAUAGAUCAUCAAUUUAAAA